AUCGUGACCCUCGUCCUUCCACUCUCCUCCCGCUCCUCUGCCCCUCCAUCCCGCCGCCACAUCUUUCAGCCGAUAACGACAGAUCCGUCCUUACCCCCCACGCCUUCCCAACUCCAACAUCUACACUCUACAAUCCCGUUCCAUUGCAUCUAUCAGUGGAAAUCAGCAUCAUGUCUCCCCCCGCAAUCAUCGCGCCGUCCAUUCUGAGCGCAGACUUCGCCACCCUGGGCAGCGAAUGCUCCGCCAAGAUGGCCCAGGGUUCCGACUGGCUGCACGUAGACAUCAUGGACGGUCACUUCGUCCCUAACAUGACCAUGGGAGCUCCCGUCGUCAGCAAGAUCCGGACCCACGUCGAGCGUCCAGCUCAACCCAGCGGCCGGGGGACAUUCGACUGCCACAUGAUGAUCGCAGAGCCCCAGAAAUGGGUCAAGGAGUUCAAGUCCGCUGGUUGCGACCUCUACUGCUUCCACUACGAAGCCGCCGUGACCUCCUCCGCCGCGACAAAACCCACCGACUACGCCACCACGCGCAAGACUAGCCCGCGCGAGCUCAUCCGGUAUAUUCACGAGGAGGGUAUGCACGCCGGAAUUGCCAUCAAGCCCGAUACGCCCGUCGACGUGCUGUGGGAGAUCCUCGAGAGCAAGGAGGAAAUUGAGCGGCCGGAUAUGGUCCUCGUCAUGACAGUCCACCCCGGCUUCGGCGGCCAAAAAUUCAUGGCCUCCGAACUCCCCAAAGUGACCGCCCUGCGCGAGCGAUACCCCGACCUCAACAUCGAAGUCGACGGCGGGCUAGGCGUCGGAACAGUCGACCAGGCCGCCGAGGCCGGUGCCAAUGUCAUCGUCGCUGGCUCGGCGAUCUUUGGCGCCCAGGAUCCCGCUGACGUCAUUAAGCAGCUCCGGUCUGCGGUUGACAAGUACCGAAAAGCGUAAUUUAUUUUUUUCUCCCUAGUUAUCUUAUAUUACAUCACUUUAUCUCUGCAUUUUCGUUUCUUUCUUCAUUAUCUAUAUGGGUCUUCGGCGAUUCUUCCAUUUCUCUCUUCUUUUUUCUUUUCACUUAUUUUUAAAUUUCUCAUUGCAUGCAUAUGGCGGACGGGCGGACAGACAAGCAAGACAAAAACGAAGACAAACAGACGGGCGACUCAAUUCACCACAAUUAAUUCCUUUUCCUUCCUUUUCCUUUCAAUAGAAUUUGGGAUUCAGGGUCCCUAUGAUUGGGUUAUAUACUAUACCCUAUUUAUUAAUUUAUUUCAUCUGGACUGGUUUGACUGAUAUAAUUACCUACUACUAUUACUUACUACGACUGACAGAGCUAUUUAUAUGAUAAUGCAUAAUGUAACUACUAUAGUG